AUGUGUUGGAAUGAAUUUAAAGGAGCAGUUGUGGCUCGAGAUUUUCAUGAUUUAAAAAACCUAGGAAGUUUGAUACUAGAUGGAAGUUCUAAUCUGGAAAAUGAUUUCUUUCAAAGUAUUGGAGAUUUGACUUCUUUGAAAGUUUUGUCACUUUUCGAAUGUUACAUAAAUGGCACACUUCCUGCAGUUGAUUGGUUUAAGCUGAAUAAGCUGGAAGAGUUAGAUCUAUCCUAUAAUCACUUCGAAGGAUUACUUCCGUCGUCUUUUGUAAACAUGACAUCUCUUCGAACGCUGAAAUUAUCUUAUAAUUACUUCAUUGGAAAUUUUGCUUCUAACCUUGCAAGUCUUACUUCACUUGAAUAUUUUGGUUUCGAAGAAAACCAAUUUGAGGUACCUAUUUCUUUUACACCAUUUGCCAAUCAUUCAAAUCUUAAGUUCAUUUAUGGUGAUGGCAACAAAGUCAUCAUGGACUCAUUGUCCCCUUUGCAAAAUUGGAUUCCGAAAUUUCAAUUACAAGUACUUAGUUUGUCAUCAACAACAGACACAAAUUCUAUUCCUUUCCCCAAGUUUCUUCUUUACCAAUAUAACAUAACUAGUCUGGAUUUUACCAGUUGCAAGUUGGAUGGGGAAUUUCCUAACUGGCUGUUGAAAAAUAACACACAAUUGGAAGUCAUUAGUGUCAGAAAUUGCUCUUUUAGUGGUAAUUUUGAGGUACCAUCACGUCCUCUUCUUAAGAUAACGACGAUUGAUGUGUCUGACAAUUUCAUAACUGGUCAAAUACUUGGCAGCAACAUCAGUUCAAUCUUUCCGAAUUUGAUAGUUCUGAACAUGUCUAUAAAUGACAUCCAAGGUUCAAUCCCUCGUGAAUUCAGCCAAAUGCACUUUUUGGAUACAUUGGAUCUUUCUGACAACAAUUUUUCACGAGAAAUACCGAAAAACAUAUCGACUUUGAAGUAUUUGGAAGAGUUGUAUUUGGACGGAAAUAGUCUUUCUGGAAGUAUAGAUAGUUUUUCUAUCACAUCGUUGGCGACCAUGGAUCUAAGCAAUAAUCAUUUAGUGGGAAAUUUACCAAGUGUGAUGGGAAAUUUUUCGAGGUUGACCGAGCUUUCAUUGUCAAACAAUAAUCUGGGAGGAUCUAUUUCAACAAGAUUUGUGGAACUGAACGCUCUGGAAUAUCUUGACAUCUCAGGAAAUAAUUUCUCUGGUUUUUUACCGUCUUUUGCUAAUUCUUUCGUGAAAUUCGUCCACAUGAGCAAUAAUAGGUUUACUGGCUUGUCCAAAUCGACAUUCAGCAGAUCUUCAUUGAUGAUUCUUGACCUAAGUUACAAUAGAAUAACCAGUAAAAUUCAAGACAUGAUAUUGGAUCUUGAAAAUUCAUCAUUGAACAUUCUCAUAUUGAAAGGGAAUAACUUUUCAGGUCAUAUACCACAACAUGUAUGCCAAUUGAAAGAACUAUUUAUACUAGACCUUUCAUCUAAUAAUCUUUCUGGUUUGUUACCCAGUUGCUUGGGUAAAAUGCCUUUUGUGGACGAGAACUUUAAAGAAUUAAGUCUUACUGGUGAUUUUUAUUCUAGGUGGGGGGAUACAUAUCCAAAUGUGAAACAAAAGGUGAACUUUACUACAAAGAAAACAUCCUACACUUACAAAGGGGAUAUCCUUGGUUAUAUGUCUGGCAUUGAUUUAUCCAAUAACAAAUUAACUGGGAAUAUUCCAUCUGAAUUUGGAAACUUGACAAGAAUCAAAGCAUUGAACUUGUCCUACAAUGAUUUAAUUGGACAAAUUCCAGCUUCAUUUUCCAAUUUGGUACAAAUAGAGAGUUUGGAUCUUUCUUUUAACAAAUUGAGUGGUAAAAUUCCUCCUCAAAUAAGUAGAUUGUCUUUUGUUGCCGUAUUUAGUGUAGCACAUAACAACUUAACUGGUGAAACACCAGAGCGGAAAGGUCAGUUUAUUACGUUUGAUGAAAGCAGUUAUGAAGGUAAUGCUUUUCUUUGUGGACCGCCACUGCCAAGAAGUUGCAAUCCUUAUAUACAACCACAUGCUAUUUCACCAAAUAAUUCUCACACUGAUGGCGGCAAUUGCAGUUUCAUUGACAUAUUUGUUUUUUGGAUAAGUUUUGGUGUGUCAUGCACAUCGACAGUCCUGGUAAUUGUAGCAAUUCUCUAUAUUAAUCCUUACUGGAGACGAAGAUGGUUCUAUAAUAUAGAAUUUGUGUGUACAAAUUGUUACUACUUUAUUGAGGACAUGGUUUUGCUCAAGUUUUCAAAUAAAAGAACAUAUCCAAAUGUGAAACAAAAGGUGAACUUUACUACAAAGAAAACAUCCUACACUUACAAAGGGGAUAUCCUUGGUUAUAUGUCUGGCAUUGAUUUAUCCAAUAACAAAUUAACUGGGAAUAUUCCAUCUGAAUUUGGAAACUUGACAAGAAUCAAAGCAUUGAACUUGUCCUACAAUGAUUUAAUUGGACAAAUUCCAGCUUCAUUUUCCAAUUUGGUACAAAUAGAGAGUUUGGAUCUUUCUUUUAACAAAUUGAGUGGUAAAAUUCCUCCUCAAAUAAGUAGAUUGUCUUUUGUUGCCGUAUUUAGUGUAGCACAUAACAACUUAACUGGUGAAACACCAGAGCGGAAAGGUCAGUUUAUUACGUUUGAUGAAAGCAGUUAUGAAGGUAAUGCUUUUCUUUGUGGACCGCCACUGCCAAGAAGUUGCAAUCCUUAUAUACAACCACAUGCUAUUUCACCAAAUAAUUCUCACACUGAUGGCGGCAAUUGCAGUUUCAUUGACAUAUUUGUUUUUUGGAUAAGUUUUGGUGUGUCAUGCACAUCGACAGUCCUGGUAAUUGUAGCAAUUCUCUAUAUUAAUCCUUACUGGAGACGAAGAUGGUUCUAUAAUAUAGAAUUUGUGUGUACAAAUUGUUACUACUUUAUUGAGGACAUGGUUUUGCUCAAGUUUUCAAAUAAAAGAAGUACAUAACAUGUCACCUUGUGAUAAUGAUAUGACUAAGUGAGAUGUAAAACA